CUGAGCACUUAUUCUGAGUUCUGCUACACUCUCUUUCUCUCUCUCGCUCUCUCUCUCUCUCUCUCUCACACACACACACACACACAAAGCACGCACUAUAGCACGAUACUCAAAAACACAAAGCAGAAGUGGAGAAAGACACACGGUUUCAGUCGCCGCGGUUGGCUAUGGCUCAGGGCUCUGACAGCAAUGACACAAGUUACAAGUCCCCGUCUCCUGGAAGCAGGCCGAGCUCCUCAGAUGAUGCAAAGAAGGUGAUGCGGCGGGAAAAGAACCGGAUCGCUGCUCAGAAGAGCAGGAUGAGGCAAACUCAGAAAGCUGACAGCCUGCACUUGGAGAGUGAGAACCUGGAGAAGGAGAACGCUGCCCUGAGGAAGGAGGUGAAGCAGCUGACUGAGGAGGCCAAGUAUCUGUCAUCUGUGCUGAGCAGCCACGAACCUCUGUGCACCGGCCUGACUCCUCAGACCCCUGACCUCCUCUACCCUCCUCAUCACAGCAGCUACCACCACCAGCACAUCACUGUACCACACUACCAGCACUGACCUGUAUGACUACUGAGACGGCCGAAGACGUGCUGCGAACAGAUGACUGACCUCAACAGAGAGAAAGACUGACUGGAGAUCUGUCCGUAAAUGUUAACCAUUGUUCAAAUUGAUCAAGGAAUAACAUGGCAGGCCAAUAUGUCUGCCAAACAAUGACAGUAUGGGACCCAAACUGUACCAUGCAGUAUUCAAAACUAUUUAUUUUGCUUCUGCUCAUGUCUUUGCUUUUUUUUCUGAUUCAUUUCAGUGAUCUGUAUGGCUCAAUAAGUAGAAUUGUCAACCAGUCUAUGUUUACAUUGGGAGAAAAAAAACAACCUACGGUAUGUUCAGGUGACUCAGAUGAUACGGUAUUUUUGUAAAUUGCUUAAUUUUUUUGUGUCACAGAGAGCACCUCUGUCAUCCAGUCAUGUUUUGAGUUUUCGUGUUUAUUAAUGUGUUUCAGUGUGUAAAUGUAGAUGCGAAUAUGCUCAGGAGCUUUUGACAGAUUUGAUUGUGGACAAACAAGAAUGUAAAGUCAAGAUCCUAAAAAGAGGCUUAAAUGUACCAAAAAAACAGAAUGGCUCACAGUGAAGAAUGCAUAUUCAAAGGGUCUUGACUUGUGUACUGGAGACCCAGCAAAGAUAUUUAUUAAAUGUGAUGCCUUUUAGGUGAUUGUUUCUGA